AUGGUCAAAAAACUUGGCGAAGGAGCAUUUGGCGAGGUUUAUUUCGGUGAAUACAAAGAUUCAAAUGACCACGUGCAUUUAACGGCCAUAAAAACAAUGCAUGAUAAGGCUUCACGUACAGCACGUUUCAGCUUCCUUAGGGAAGCUCGGAUUAUGCGUAAAUUUGAUCAUCCAAAUAUUGUGCGCAUUUUUGGUGUUGUUGCUGAUGAAUUGCCGUUGCUUAUAUUAAUGGAACUUUGUGAAGGUGGAUCAACAUUAUCAUUUCUACGAAAGAAUCGUGGAAUGAUCGUACCAGGAUUAAAAUUACGAUUUAUAACAGAAAGUGCUUCAGGGUUAAAAUAUCUUGAGCAAAACAACUGUAUUCACAGGGAUAUAGCAGCACGAAAUUGUUUAUUAACACGAGAUUUUCAUAUUAAAUUGAGUGAUUUUGGUAUGUCUGAUGAAAAAACGCUAAUUCAAGAUAAAAGCCUUGACAAAGUACCAAUCAAAUGGCUUGCACCGGAAACAAUGCAAAAUCGAAUUUAUUCAACCAAAACCGAUGUGUGGUCUUAUGGUAUAAUGUUCAAUUUACAUGUUUGGGAAGUGUAUUCGGAAGGUUACGAACCAUAUCCAUCGUUAUCAAAUAUACAAACUAGAGCUAAAAUUAUCGUUCAAAAUUAUCGUAUGGAUAUGCCUAAGGGUACACCACCAGAAAUUGCAUCGCUUGUUAGCAAAUGUUGGGCUAAAAAUCCUGAAAAUCGGCCAUCGUUUGCAAAAAUUCAUGAUGAAUUGAAAGGAUUAUCAAUUGAUAUCACUGAAGCUACCGUAUCACAAAGUGGUGAAGGAGAUUGA